AUGUUGCAUGGAGCUGUGUGGCGACUUCAGGGGCAGGGGAAUGGGAAUGUUGAGCUUAAGCUAUGUAUUGAUCUUCCCAUUCCUCCCAUGGUUAGUCGUUUCUUAUUUGCAGAUUCAGAGAGGGUUUUGCUUCUCGCUGGUUAUGGGACCCCGCUGGAGUGUGGUGGUGACCCUGCCUCUGUGGCUUCUCUGCUGAAGGGUCUAUUGCCAGAAGAAAUUCAACAGCAGAUAGUCCCAGAGACUUUCCACCUUGUCCUCAAGCGAGAUGACAUCUGUAACUUCUUAGAGGAUCAGUUUGGUGCGCCUGACUACAAACUGAUUUACCAGCACUAUGCUAUUCUCUACUUUGUAUUUUGUGUGGACGCAUACAAAAGUGAACUUGGGAUCUUGAACCUCAUCCAGGUACACUACAUCCUCCAGAAGGUGGUGAUGUGCGGGAUGAUGUUGGCAAUAAACAUGAACGAAAUCAUGUCUCAGAUCGAGGCUCAGAAGAAGCUGGAGAAAUCGGAGGGUGGCCUUUCUGCAGCCCCUGUCCGGGCUGUGUCUGCUGUGAAAAACAUGAACCUGCCAGAGAUUCCACACAAUAUCAACAUCGGUGACCUCAACAUCAAGGUCCCCAACCUGUCCCAGUUUGUCUGA